CAGAGCAAGAAGCCUAGAAAUAUGGGUCACCAUUCUUGCUGCAACCAACAGAAGGUUAAAAGAGGACUUUGGUCUCCUGAGGAAGAUGAAAAACUCAUCAGAUACAUUACAACUCAUGGAUACGGCUGCUGGAGUGAAGUUCCAGAAAAAGCUGGGCUUCAAAGGUGUGGGAAGAGUUGUCGUUUGAGAUGGAUUAAUUAUUUGAGACCUGAUAUUAGGAGAGGAAGGUUUACACCUGAGGAGGAAAAGUUAAUUAUAAGCCUUCACGGGGUCGUAGGCAACAGAUGGGCUCACAUUGCAAGCCACUUGCCAGGUCGAACGGACAAUGAAAUAAAGAACUAUUGGAACUCGUGGAUAAAAAAGAAAAUAAGAAAGACUUCACUGUCUUCAACCAUUAUUGCACAAAGUAUCGAUCACAAUUCUUCCCAGUUCAGCUACAGUUCCAAUCUACUUGGCCAUUUUUCUUCCAACCUGGAUAAUCCACAGACAAAACCACCAUUUCAAGAAACCUUGUUUUCCUCUACAUGCCCUCUGUUCAUGUUUGACACACCUUCGCUGGAAGGACCAGCAACAGACUGCAACAGUGUGCGACCUGAAAAUUUUCAAGAUGCAGUGGGGUUGAGCACUGAAACGUGGAACCUGAGCCAUCAUCAGGUUCAGGCACUUCCUCCUCUAACAGUGACUGUGGGCUUGGACACCACAAAUUAUUUGCCACCAUUGAUAGAGAACGUGGACAACAUGGUCCCGAUUGAGGUACAACGUUGUCCCAUGGACGAGCAAGGAGAUAUAGCACUAGAGUGCUUGCAGAGGCAAGGUUUAAAUGAAUGGGUGGAAACGCAGCAGCAAUGUCCUAACUUUCUCUUUUGGGACAGUGUUGAAGGACAUAUUGGUGGGGAAGAACUAGCCACAAAUGUGGAAGCAAACACACUUUCUCCUUUUCCUUCUUCUUUGAAGACAUUUUCAUCAAAUGGUCCAGGCCAGGCUUGUGAAUUUGCAGAGGAUAUGCACAAUUUAGGGUUUAUAGACAAGAACGCAGCAAAGAUAACAGUGUCGACGCCGAGCUCUGUUUCCCAGCCUCCGUAUCUUCAUCAUCCACCUUCGCACACAAUGAUUAUCCCGGAGAAGAACCGUAAGGAGAUCUGCAAGUACCUCUUCCAAGAGGGAGUUUGCUAUGCGAAGAAGGACUUCAAUUUGGCGAAGCACCCUGAGAUUGACGUGCCUAAUCUGCAGGUGAUUAAGCUGAUGCAGAGUUUCAAAUCUCGCGAGUACGUGAGGGAGACCUUUGCUUGGAUGCAUUACUACUGGUUCCUCACCAACGAUGGCAUAGAGUUUCUCAGAACUUAUCUUAACCUUCCUUCCGAAAUUGUCCCUGCCACUUUGAAGAAACAGGCCAAACCACCUGGCAGGCCCUUUGGCGGCCCAUCCGGUGAUCGCCCUAGGGGUCCACCACGCUUUGACGGCGAGCGUAGAUUUGGUGGUGAUCGUGAUGGGUACCGUGGAGGUCCCCGAGGCGGUGGGGAAUUUGGAGGAGACAAGGGAGGAGCUCCUGCUGAUUACAGACCCACUUUUGGGGGUCCUGGCGGAAGGCCUGGCUUUGGUCGUGGAUCUGGUGGUUUUGGAGCGCCAACCAGUUCCAAUCUUCCAUAAGGAUAAUGUUUUCUGUUUUAUUUUUUGUUUAAUUUUUUAGAGAAUGUGCCUGUAGUUGGAGUUAAUAGAUUACCCUCUCGUAUUGAUUGUUUUAUCAGCUUAAGAGUUUAUAUUCAGUUUUCGUUCAAUGAAGAUUUUGAAUUGAGUUUAUACUAA